GCUACACAAGAUGGCGUACGCAGAAACGUCUAGAACCAAGCAAAACAGAAAAUCAAAACCUGCUCCAUCGGCCGAUGCGCUCAAUAAACCACUCAGUAGUCUUAGCCUAGAGGUGAGAGACUCUUCCGUCGAAGGUAAAUCUACGAUUCAGAGAGAUCGGAGCCCAGUUGCCGGGAAUCGCUACUCAAGAUAUGCUGCAAGCUCUCCUUUAACCAAGCAAAAAAAUACGGGUAUGCCGAAAUCGCCGCAUUUAAAUCCAAGAGAGGGAAAAUCAUCGCAGCGGCAAGUUACUGGUCAGCACCCUAAACAACAAAAAUCAGUGGUUCCGAAAUCAAAAGGCAUGUUAACACCCAAGGGUUAUACCAUGCGUCCAAUCAUCCCUGCUUCAAAGGCUGAGUUGCUGCCAGUGGCUCGAGCCAUGCACGGCGACGACUUUGCUCCAAGGGUCAAGAAGCUGUUUGAUCCCGAACGCGAGGCGGCUGUUGAUGCUAUCCAGAGUGGGGUGUACAUUGGAUGGAGGUGUCAAGAUUUUCAGCAUGAUUGUAUUCGCGUCUCUAAAAGUUCAAAGUGUUUUUGUGGCCAUCUCCUCAGUAAUCAUGCAAGUUACACCGGGAAGAGUGUGAUGGUCCCUUGUCGUGCGACGCGCUGCGAGUGCAAAGCUUUUGCCUUUAUCCCGUCCCGUCCCGAAGAAGCAGGUGAAUUUUGGCUUCAACGUCGUCCAGGAUACGACCCAAGCACCUGGCGAGCCAAAUGCAAGUGUAAACAUACCCACGAAGAACAUCAACCCACCGGACUGCGGAGAUGCCGAGUAAAGGGCUGUGGAUGCUCCAAAUUUUUCUCCAAUUUUCUUUGUUGUGCAUGCGAUAGGCAUUGGGAAGAGCAUGAGACCUCGUUUGAAACGACCUCCAUGAGAAAAGAAACGGGUUUGCCGUACGGCGAGGCGUACCUUCCCUUUCACGAGUUUCCGGAAUUGCGUGACGUGGUGUUGACCGGAAGAGAGGACGACGAUAGUCAGUUUAAAGCCCUGACUUCCGGUCCAAACGCAAUUCCAGAGAGUACACCAACAGAUUUAGCAUUGAGACUCAGAGGCACAAAGCCACAAGAGUCGCCAUUUAAAUGGUAACCUAAAAGAAUGUACACGAGUGUUAAUCGCGCAGAACACGAACACUAAACCAAAAUUAAAAUGUAACACUCAAGAUAGCACCUUCCACCCCCAGGAGUGGGUAGCAUUUAAUUUAACCGAUAAUGUCACCCCUGAAUCACUCUUAAGGUCUCAAGAAAAAAGGAAGAGUUCACCAACUUAAGAAGCUCUUGAUUGUUAAACGAAUUUUCCUCUUCAGCUUUCCAGGAAAUUUAUAGAAAACAGUAUGGAGAAUUUGCAUACUGAUGGCAUCUCUUACUCAGCAGUUAAGAUAUAGUUUUUUCUCGCAAAUUUAUAUCUGACUUUGGAACGAAGUAACUGGGCCUGCGCAGCAAUUUUUUAAGCAGGGGGCGCUGAAGACGAACGCAUAGUUUUCAGCC